AAUUUUGGUUUAGGGUUUCAAUCACUACGUGAGACUUGAAAGCAGAAAAGAACCUCUCCACUCUCUCUCCAGAUGAAUCUAAUCAGGUGAAAAUUUGAAAAAUAAGGGAUCCACUAUGCAUUGGCCUCUUCCCAUGAAAACUAAUUGAAAUCUGUCUAAAACUGUGUGUCUUUAUUACAUUCGACACCUGAUUGGUACUUCAUGACGUUUUGUUGUAACUGUGAGGUCAUGGGGCAAGGGGCUCUCUCCCGGUGCCUCUCUCCACCCAGUGUAUAAAUGGGUUCCAGGGAAUUUCAGUACUACUGGGGUAACCCUGCGAUGGACUAGCAUUCCAGAGGGAAACUAGAGAUCCGUCUCAGCCUGAUGGGCCACCGGGUUUGAACGCAAACUUGACUUAAUAUGGUAAUGAAACGUUUUGAUGUAAAUGUGUGCACAAAAUGGUAUCUACUAUCGUUAAAAACACGUCAAUGGCAUGUCGCCAGCCCGUCAUCUUGGAUCUGCCGUCUUUAACUCGUACUUUUCAUUUGAACUCAGGUACUCAACAAAUCUAGCUUAAAUUUUCUAUAACAGAAGGGAUGUUAAAAUGGACGAAAUAAAGAAACGUCGAUUUUCGUAGACCACGCUUAUCAAAACAUUGUUGCCACGAAAAAUAUCCCUUCAGUUCAGACAAACAUAACGAUGACUCUUAAAUCUUCGACCAAUCCAUUUACGAGCCUAAAUCAGCUAAGACUUCAUUGGAGUGUUGACUCCUUUGUGCUCAUUUAGAGGUUGAGUAUGAUUCCUCUUACGUCAUUAUUGUGGGCAUUUUUGGAUUUUUUCCCCCCAGAUUUUGCCCAAUAUUCAAAACAACAAGUUGUUACACAAACCAAAUUCCUGUCCAGACUGGAUGUACAACACGAUGCAGCGGUGUUGGCGAUACAAUCCCAAACACAGACCACCGUGUAUUGCUUUAUUUGAAGACCUCACAUGCAGAAAACCAAAGCAGUCCUUGUUGAUGAAUGAGACUGAGGAAGAACCUUGCCAACGCAGAGGGGAUAGCGAAGAGACGUGCUUUUAUGACUUCCUAACAGAGCACGAAUACCAACAAGUCUCAACCCCUCGUUCAUGUGAGAUGCGCUCGCUUGAGACAGAUCACUGUAAAACAUUUCCUGUCACCAAGGCAAGUGAGAAACUCCCACUGCCAACUUCAGAGACAACGGGGGCCUUUGAAAAAGUUGCUUGCAAUGGGAGUAGUAACCAGUGUCAAUUGUCAACAUUAGCGACAAUACACGAUUAUGAAUAUCUUUCUACUUGCGGGAUAAAACAACCCACAUUGCCAAUUCCAAGGAACACAGGCCUUGCCACCAGCGAUAUACAAGCCAAGGGGCAUGCACGACUAAGAGUAACUACCAUUUGAGAUUGAAGACGAAGGGAAUUACACUAGUUUUUGCAAAUCCGUUGAGAGGGUUCAGAGGCACCCUAAUUUGUUCGAAAAUUUAAGUUGCCUCUGAACCCUCUCCACAGAAUAUUUCUUUAAUUUUGCAAAAAGUUGCAUCUUAUCAUGCUUAACACAAUUCGAUAAAAAAGAAUUGGGACCACCGAGCUUGUUUUUUAGCACUUUAAACUAAAAUUUAGGUUGUUCCUAGCAUUUCGUCUUGUUGCAAUGAUAGCCUGUUAUAUAAAAAGAGCAGAACAGAACACGUUGAGCCCCCCCAUUUUUAGCUCAUUCAUGCGCGAAGCCCAUCGAAUGAGGUAUUGUGAGAUAGCAGAUGUGGACGAAAAUUGUAUACUGUGGACGGAAGUGAUUUCACAUGCUACCCCUCCACCCUCAGUAAAAGUCAACAAAAAGUAAAAGUUAACUUCUUAGGAAGCGCAGAUACAGAUUUGCAAAGGAAGGAAAUGUUUGGAUUGCCUAAUAAAUAAAUUAUAUAUAUAUAUAAAUGAAAACUUAACUUGGAAUGUACAUAUCGAACAUAUUUUCAAAAAAUUGCAUCCUGCACUGGCAUCUUAAAUCGAAGCAGGUCUUUUGAUUCUUUUGAAACGCUCCCAUACAUCUAUAAUGCUUUAGUUCAACCUCAUUUCGAUUACUGUAGUGUCGUAUGGGGGAAAUGCAAUAAAUCUCUUUCCAUUAAACUACAAAAACUACAGAAUCGCGCUGCGCGUACUUUGACCUCUUCUUCAUAUGAUACCAAUGCGGAUGAUCUCUUCGUUAGACUUGGCUGGCAAAAACUUAAUCUUCAACGGAAAUUAAAAGCAGCCACUAUGGUCUAUAAAUCACGUAAUGAUCUUGCCAUGAUUAUCUGAAAUCAAUGUUUACUGAUCGGAGUGCAAUAUCUACCUAUUCCCUUGAGGGAUUGUGAGGGCAAACUAGCUCUUCCACUACCCCGAACCAAUUUUCCAAAAAAAAGAAAAAAAAA